UGACCCUCGCUUUUUUUUUUUUCCUUCUUUGCUCUAUGUGUCUGCAGUUUUGUAAUGCGGAGCUUAUGACUCGAAAUUGCGGCUUGAUUGGGAAAUUGGAUAUUAAAAUCGCCAUUUGUAAAGAUUUCCACUGUCUGUGGUGGAGCAAGCAAAAAUGGACACCGAUCUUUCAUCCACUGACAAUCAGCCUUCAUCCAGCAAGCCUCCACCGCAGCUGGGUAGAUCUCAGUUGAACGCUUUUAGUGGUUUUGCAUCUGUAGCAAGGGCUGCCAUGCAGGAGGAAAAGAUGAAAGGAAGCUCCUCUACCUCAAAUGACAUGCAGUUUGAACCUUCAGACAACAUCAAUGUUCCAGAUGAUGGAGAAGUUCCUGAAGGUAAAGAGCAAGAAAUUAACUUUGCGGAACAGGAAGUAAAGGCCAAAGCUGGAAAUAUGGAUGCCCAGCUCACAAUGGGAAAGAAUUAUUUAAAGCUAGCGGAAGAACAAGAUGAAGAGCUGAACAACUGUAAUGCUGUGAGCUGGCUGUUGUUGGCGGCAAAGCAAGGACGAAGAGAGGCAGUAAAAUUGCUUAGAAAGUGUUUGACCGAGAGGAAAGGGAUUACUUCAGAGAAUGAAGAGGAGGUGAAGAAACUAUGUUCAGAGUCAGAAUUUGAACGUACUGUGAGGAAAGCAGCACUAGUUAUGUAUUGGCGAUUAAACCCCAAGAAAAAGAAAAAAGUUGCCGUGUCUGAGCUGCUUGAAAAUGUAGGACAAGUCAGUGCAGACGAUAACAGAAACGAAUCCAAACCUGGACCUGUCCCAGCAAAAGUUCAGAAGGAGAGGAGAAUGCUGGAGCGUCUUGUUAGUAGUGAAUCAAGUACAUUUGUAGCUCUUGAUGACUUUGUUGAGAUAACCAAAAAAUAUGCAAAAGGCAUCAUCCCAACUAGCCUUCUGAUGAAUGAUGAUGAUGACGAUGAUGAUGAUGAUAAUAAUCUACAGGGGAAGAGUCCAGAAGAUCUGCCGCUAAAUCAAAAGAUUCUGAAGUAUCCUCUUCAUGCCAUAAUUGAAGUUAAGGAGCACCUUAUAGAUAUAGCUUCUAAGGCUGGAAUGCAUUGGCUGAGUACCAUCAUACCUACUCACCACAUUAAUGCUCUCAUUUUCUUUUUCAUCAUCAGCAAUUUAACUAUUGAUUUUUUUGCUUUUGUUAUUCCACUGGUCAUCUUCUACUUGUCUUUCAUUUCUAUGGUGAUUUGCACAUUGAAGGUUUUCCAGAAUAGCAAGGCCUGGGCGAACUUUAGAACAUUGACUGACUUGUUGACGCGCUUUGAACCUACUCUUGAUGUUGAACAAGCAGAGACCAACUUUGGCUGGAACCAUUUGGAACCGUACAUUCAUUUUAUUCUGUCAGUUUUUUUUGUGAUAUUCUCUUUUCCGAUUGCUAAUAGAGAAUGGAUACCAUGCUCUGAACUUGCAACAAUAGCCAUUUUUUUCAGUAUUGCAAGUUACAUGAGUAUGAGCACCUCUGCUGAACCUUACACCAGAAGAGCCAUUCUCAUAGAAAUUGCCUCUGCAUUAUGUGGAAUGAUGAAGGAUUUGCCAGAAAGCUUGUCAUUACUUCGUUUCUUUGGUAAAACGUUUCUGACUAUUCCAGUUGGCCAUUUUAUUGUGCUUAACCUAAGUAUCCCUUGUAUCCUUUAUAUGUACCUCUUUUAUCUUUUCUUUCGGAUGGCUCAGUUAAGAAACUUCAAAGGCACGUAUUGUUUUUUGGUCCCAUAUAUGGUGUGCUUCAUGUGGUGUGAGUUUACUGUGGUAUUGUUACAGAACUCCUCCAGCAUAGGACUCAUUCGGACCUCAGUGGGGUAUUUUCUUUUUUUGUUUGCACUGCCAAUUUUAAUGCUGGGAAUUGCAGUUAUGAUGGUUAUUCAAUUUAUUAAAUGGUUUAUCUCUCUAGAACUUAUUAAGAUAGUAGUAACUUUGGUUUUAUGUGCAAUCCCUGUUGUCUUUAGAUGGUGGACAAAAACCAACUUUUCUGUGGUGGAGAUGGUCAAGUCUCUAACCAGGAGCUCAAUUGUUAAGCUUAUUCUUGUUUGGAUUUCUGCGAUUAUGCUUUUCUGCUGGAUCUACGUUUAUAGAUCAGAAGGAAUGAAAGUAUAUAACUCCACUUUGACAUGGCAGCAAUACGGGUUCCUGUGUGGUCCUCGUGCAUGGAAAGAUUCUAAUAUGGCUCGUACUCAGAUUCUCUGCAGUCACCUGGAAGGCCACAGAGUUACAUGGACAGGCAGGUUUAAGUAUGUCCGUAUAACCGAGAUUGAAAAUAGCGCAGAGUCGGCCAUCAACUUGCUACCACUGUUCAUUGGAGACUGGAUGAGAUGUUUGUAUGGUGAAGCUUACCCAGUAUGUGAUCCUCAAAAUGUGACUAUCGAAGAGGAUGAACUCUGCAAGCUGAAAUUCCUUACAAAACACGAAUGCCAUCUCAAACGCUUUGACCGUUACAAAUUUGAAAUAAAUGUUGGGAUGCCCUUCAAUAACAAAAAUGGCAAUAAGUCUUUAGAAGAAGAUGAUGCCACCAAAGAUAUUGUGCUAAAGGCAAGCAAUGAAUUCAAGAAGGUUCUUCUUACGUUGGGGCAAGGAAGCGUUGUAGAGUUUAGUACCAUCCUAGAAGGGCGAUUAGGAAGUAAGUGGCCAGUGUUUGAGCUAAAAGCCAUCCGGUGCUUGAAUUGCAUGUCCAAGUUGGUACCCGUCGGCAGGCAAUUCAAAAUAGAGUAUGACUGGAGGAAUACAGUUAAGCAUGCAUUCAGAUUUGCUUUCGACUUCUUUUUUGAUCCCUUCUUAUCUGCUGCUGUAAAUGCAUAGUGCUGCUUACCCGAGACUCUGGUAUAUAAUACGAUUUCUGUUGUUUAAGACACUGCUAAAGUUAUAAACAAAGAACAGCAAUUAUUGUGCGAGUGUGUCUCUUAGUAUGCUCUCGGCACUACAGUUUAAAAAAAUACAAAACUUGUCAAGCACUUUAUUCUGUUGUAAGCAAAACAAACUGCAUGUAUUGGUAAAGUAACUUAUGUUGAAAUCUUGUUCCGCAAGUGGUGUUAGAGGUGAAGUAACACUAACAACAAGAUGAGAAAGUGGUCUUAGUGCAGCACAUUAAAGGUAACAAUGCUCUUUAAACUUGAAUGUUUUUUUCUCUUAUUGUGUUUCUAAUAAAGAAAAGAAGAAACAAAGUGAUCACAUUUGAUAUGCUGCAUUGCACAGUAUUAUCCAUUAAAUAAUUGAAUGGCUAUCAAAGCUUGGGCUGUAGUGGAGAGGAUUAAAGUAAAAAAAAAAAAAAAAAAAGAUGAAUUUUCUAAUCAUUUGUACAAAUUUCUUUACCACUGUUAUACAAGUAAGCUGUACCUUUUAAUCCAGUAUGGAUACUGUACAUUUGAUUAAAAUAAAUAGAAAAUAAAUGUUUUGCAAAUGCUGCACUUUGUUCAUCUGGUGUUACCAGAAGCACUUUGAGUUCAGCGUUUCACAAGAGAGAGACGGAAUAUCUUAUUGCCAGUCAAAUAUUACAGCAUGAUACUUAACUUUUUGAUUAUGCCCAAACGUCUGAUUAACUUAGAUAAAUUAUUAGAAAGUGUAUCAAAUACCAAAAAGAAAAAAAUAAUAAUAAUUGAACUGAAAAGAGCAGAGAAGUUAGAGAAAGUGAAUCAUUUGUUUUGUUAGAUAUUAUAGGGGCAGGAGGGCUUCUGAUUGACGGAAAGCGGAAAAUAGCAUUUGUGACUGAGGUGAGAUGAAAAGCCUGUUAACUUAUGUGAGAGACUGAGAAUUAGUAAAACGAGCAGUGUCAUCUUUCUUUUCACAGGGAGAAAUGUAGAGCACAGUAUUACAAAAAAUAAAAUAAGCAGGAAUGGAUAAAGCCUGUUGCUUUGGUCAUGGUUUAAAUAACUCUGUUUCCCUUUUCUAACGUGUAGAACAUUUUGUCCAUAUUCCAUAUGUGAAGACCCAUAAUAUCAAUACCUCGCCUGCCUACAUGGAGUUAAAACGGUUAGCUCUUUAAUACUCCAUCAAUUCAUUUUUGUAAGCCUGUACACAUAUGUGAAGGGUGAGUCUGCUAACCACUUCUGUAGUAGUGCUGCUGAGGAAGCUGACUGCUGCACUAACUUUGCGUAUUCUUCUCAGGGAUUUUUUAACUGCUCCCUGUUACUUGCAUCCCUUAUUCCACCAGACUUGAGUGGUCCAGUGCCUUAUGUGGAUACGACUUUCAGAACUUAAAAAUAGUUCAGGAUGUGUUGUUUGAGCUUUCACUACUGACGUAUUCUUACAGAUGCUACAGUCUGUUUUUUACAGAAGGCUGCAAAAACCUGUAUGCUCCAUUGGUGUGGCUUGAUUCUGUGCCAAUUGAAUUGUAAUGGGAUUGAGGUGAAGGAGUGUGGCACUGCUUGGACUGAGUAGAUUUCCUUUAUGCUUGCCCCUUCUAUGAGGGAGCAAGUGAAGAAAUGGUGCCAUAAUGUGCAAACAAUUAGGACAGUAACAGAUACUAGUAACACUACACUAAUUACUCACUUGCAGGGGAUCUCCACAAAUACGCCGGCCUGGCAGGGUUAGGACGACUGUCUUAUUUUCAGUUCAGUGUGAUGUUUUGAAGCAGACUUGAGAGUAUCACAGUUUGAAUCUUCACACCAUUACUUUAGCGUUACAUACACCAAGGAGCUCCUAGUAGAUACUCUUCUUAAGAUAAUAUAUUUUGGUGCCACAUUGCCCCAAGACGUGGCAUGAUUUUUUUGUUGAUAUAAUGAAGAAUGUGGAAUCUCUGAGCCUGGAGGAAGAGGCUGUUGUUGUGUGGUGGCAUAUUGGUGUGAUAAGACAUCUGAGGUGUGUCAGGGUGAAAAGCAAUAUUUUUGCUUGGAAAAAAUGUGGAUUCAAUUAUUCAAUUAUCUUUUGAUCGCUGUUAUGGUACAUCAAUAUGGAGAGGUUACAUAUUAAUUACUUAAUUAUUAGUUUUUUUUCUUAAUUUAUUAUUUAUUCUUCUGUUACAGAAUUUAGUUUUCUUAUUUUCCCCCUUACUUAUUUUGGAUGAAGGUCUCCAGUUUUUCUCUCUCUGGUAACUCCACUGUGAGUCUUUGGGGGCCAUGCUUUCCAUCACUUUAGUCACAUCUGUUUCUUUCAGUUUGAUAUAGAUUAGGCAUCUUGAUUGAAAACACUAGGUUUAUUUUAAAAACACUUUCAUUAGCAGCAGAAGCAAACAGUUAAGUGAGUUCUGUGAGCAUUUUGGUUGAUCUCUGGCUUGCUUGUCUUUCCAACAUGGUCGUCCCUAGAGUAACAAUUGUGAAAGUAGGUAUUUAUUUCUGAAAGCCCAAGCAUUCUUGUCUGCUUAAAGUGUGCCUUAGUACAUCCUUUGAUUGCAAUUUUUAAUGUAAAAAUUCACACUACACUGCUGGUGGCUGGUUUCAAAAGCCUUUACUUUAUGUGUAGUGAAUAAUCAGUAAGAGGACACAGAUCAGCGUUUUGAUUUGUUUUUUUUGUUUGUUUUAUAUAUUUGCUAAUGUAAAGGUUCAAGGCUGUGUUUUUAGCUUUUUUUCCCAUCUGUUUUCUUGCAUGAUUGGCUGUUACUGAGAAUCAGGCAGGAGCAUUAAGCUGUGAAAUACCAGAACUACAUCGCAACCCAAAUACUUGCAUCUGUGUUCAGCUGCAUGCAGAUGUUUGGUACUGUAAGUCAAGUCUUUCUUUCUGACUUCUAACAGUGUCAUCCAGUCGAUAGGCUUGUUUGUAUACUGUAUAUGAUCAACAUUCCCUUAGUAAACUUAAUGUCAUGGAUAUAUUUUUUAUACCAGAUGUUGUCAUUCUAAAUCUAUUGUUUAAAACUAUUGUUUAUUAAAAUAUUUAAAACUAGGGAAAAGAAAAUGAAAACUAUUUUUAGCUGCUCGGCACCAGAUAAUAUAAAAUAUUAAGGUGUGGUGAUGGAAACUCUUGAGUUGUAUUUGUUUAUGGUAAGUCAUUAAGGGCAUAAUACCUAAAGUUUAUUAUCUUCUAGCUGUAACCCCAGAUUAUUGAAAAUGUGCCUUUUCUUGUAGAAUAAGUGAUUUAACCUGUUGAAAUGUAUUAAAUAUUCAGUGAGAUGGGAGUGCAAUAUAUUUUUCAGUUCAUUGUACUCUGGGGUUUGUCAGAACAGUGGUUUGAGACUCGUCUCAAAGUGGCCUACUACUCUCACUUUAACAGAGACCAGUUUGUUUAUAUUUGAUCUGUCAACAAAGACCAUUUUACUGCUGAAUUAAGUUCCAUUUUUAAUUGGAUCAGUUUCCUUAUUUCUGCCUGGAAUUACAAUCAGGCAACAAUGAAAUUCAGAAAUGACUUCUUCACUAGUACAUGUUUACAUAUAAAACAAUGCGUUCUUCAUAUAAGCGGGCUGUUAUGGCUUUUUAAAUUUACCUUUGGAAUCCAAACAUUCAGACUAGCUCUGGGAAAUGCUUUAUUACUUGAAUAUAAAUUGUUUUAGCUAACUGGUUUUCUUCUUUAGGAGUAUUAAACGGGAAAGUGAGCCCUGAGAGUUGUUAUAGAAUGACAGAAGUAAAAUAUAGGACCUUCAUUUUUUAAUAUGUGAAUUGUUAUUUGAAUAUAAAGCACCUAUUGGAUAGCUUCACUUUGAGAACAGUAAAGCAGCAUAUCCAGUGAAAGGGAAUGAACCUCCGAUUAAAAGGCUGGUUUGAGGAAAGCCAUGUAGGCAUUGCUGCAUUCCAGGACCAGAGGAUCAGAUGUGUUUAACACGAGAAAAUGAACAGUCGAGAGCAGUCGGUGACGUGCUGCUGGCCAGGAACUGCAGACUGCUUUAAAGUGCAGAAGGCGAUUGUUCCAGGCAGGGAUGGAUUUAUUACAUGGUUGGUAAUUCUCCCUACUGUGGCUUUCCUCUGAAGUGAGUUUUGCUUUAGUAGUCCAAAACUUUGUUUUACACUUGCGUACUGAUUUAGAGAUGAGAAUUUGAUUACUUGUCGUCUCAUGUUCAGUCCGAAGUAUACGUGGCACUCCAAACCCCAAUGAUUCAGUUUAAAGCAAACUCUGCAGUUUCACUGGAGGACACGUGAUGGAAUACAAUUUACUACACGACUUGUGCUGUUUGGAAGACUUGACGGUUGGUUUUGAGAGAGACUGUUGAGUUUUAUUUAAGUAAAAGAGUGGUUCUGGUUUUAAACAUUUUUGCAUACAAAACAUAGAUGUUCUCUUGCCUAUGUAAUUUUACAUGGAUCAACAGGCAAACAAAAAAUCCAAAAAUUAGACCUUUGCAAAUAUUAAAAAUAACUUCUUUGUUUAGAUCUCAUUUCUGCUGCUUUCAUAAUCUCGUCUUUGAGUCCAUUAAUAGGCAGAUAUUACAGGGACUUUCGGUUUGUACUCCUUUUACUUUUUUAUUUUUAAUUAUUGCUUAAUGUUAUCAAAAUUCCUCUUUAAUAGAGGAAAACAAUAUGUUUGAUGCUUUAUGCUAAUAGGCAAAUGCAAGGUUUUAUUGAAAAAUAGGAGAAUAACUUGAAUAAGUACUUGAGUUAAGAUAUACCUUUCUCAAACAUGCUUUACAUACUUAAAUAUAGUGAUGGUAAUAACGAUACAUUCAUUGCAUUGAAGAGCAGCAUUAUAGAUGAACAUAUUUGAAAUUUACAUUUUGUUUUAUUUCAUUUUUUUUAGUAGUGUACCACUCUUAUGUGUACAAGCGGUAUACUGGCGUUAGCAUUUUUACUCUUUUGUUAUUACAUUGAUUAUUUGCUCUUGUCAGAGAGAAUUACUUAUUUCAGCUUGUUUACAAUUUGUUGUUUGUGUUCAGAUUUCUCCAUAAUAGGUGACAUGUUAUCAUAAUGGAGCACCAGAAAAGUUACCUCAUGUCAGAACUGGACUGGUUUUCCAAGUUGUAUUCUGACUCUUAAUGUUACCAAGAUGACAGGGGCCUCUUAUGAUAUUAAAGUAGACUAAGUAAGUUUGAGAAUAUUAACAUAUAUUAAAAAGGGGGGGGUAAUAGGGGGCACCUUCACUGGUAUCUGCUUGGUUACGCUUCCUGCUUUUAGAGAUUUGAUUGUCUAAUCUGAAGUAACCAUGACAUGAACUAAUAAUGAACCUCUCUGUGUCAAAGGGUCAAAAUCUGAUCAGACCUCACUUGGAGUACCCGUGCUGUUGGUUUUUGUCUUUAAUUUGAUGUACAUUGUUGUCCUCAUACUGUAUGAUAUACUGUAUGCAUUGAGCUGUACAAAAGUGCAGUAGAUAGUCUGAAAAUUCUGAAAGAUUUUUAAAAAGCCAUACAUCAAACACUGCAUCAUCUGAGCUUUACAAAAUACUAAAUUUAAACAUGAAAAGCUUCAGCAGUCCCAUGUCCACUAAAUCUUUAUAGUUUUGAUCAUCUUUAGAGUUAAGACUGUACAUCUACAUUUCUGUUGCGUCGAGUAAAUGUCCAUCUAUAUGUUGUGUUUUAUAUUAAUGUUUGAAUUGUUUAUUUUGUUCUUCAUUUAAGAGAACAGAACUUGAUGGGUAUGUACAAAACUUUCCUAACUUGUGAAAAUACAUAUUUAUUGCUAAUAAGCUUUGCAUGUUAAUUGGCCUGUGGACCAGUAUUUUCAACUCUGCUGUAAUAUUCAAGUUAGGCUAUACAGUAUGCUUUGUCACAUGUCUGGUGAUUAGUAUGGAAAAUGUUUUGUUACAUGUAAACGGUUUUUUUUUUGGAGGUAAUCCAUGUUAUAAAUUAAAAGCUUGUUAGUACUUUUUAACAUAUGCUAUAUGAAGGAGGCUUGUAGACGGACUGUAAUGCAGUUAAUCCAAAUGUCAUUAGAAGAGGCGCCCGACAAUCAGUUGCUUUACAUGCCCAUGUACAGUUGUUCUGGCAGCAGUAUUUUCAGGAGUUUAUUAGUAUACCUGAUAGUUAAAUUCUUUAGUAUGCUAUAGAUUUACAUUCUUGCACUUACUGAUCUUUUUAACAGUUUUAAAAAUAUAAAAGGUUUUGGUAAAUUUAUUGAAAAAGUUGGUUUAUAGAGCAUGUUGUGCUGCCAUCGUGCACACGGACCCUGAAUUAACGUAUUCAGAAGGGGUCCAUGUCCUUAUGUUUGUGUGCAUUUCCUGCAGGUGCUAUCAUUUCAUUACAUCCAUCCAUUAUCCAACCCGUUAUAUCCUAACUACAGGGUCACGGGGUUCUGCUGGAGCCAAUCCCAACCAACACAGGGAGUAAGGCAAGGAAACAAACCCCAGGCAGGGCGCCAGCUCACCGCAGCAUUUCCUUAUAGUUUUAUGAUAUCCCGUAGGCUUGAUUAGGGCCUGUGUGUUAACCUGACUUCUGCCUUGCAUUCAUUACUGCCAUCUCCACAAAAUACUAGCCCGAAUGAAGGUAAAGACAAGUAUUUAAUAUUAUUUCAUAAAAGCAUAGAACAUUGGCCUCAAAAAAUGGCUAGAUGGGAAUAUGGUACAUUUGUAAAUUUGUUUGUUCUGUCUACUCUUUGUAAAACAAAAACACCACUUUAGUCAAAGUAGUAACCUGUCAGCUCCCAAGUAAUUGUAAUAUUUGGGCAAUAUAGCAUUAAAGAGACAGUUACCGGUGCUGUUGAAAGGAUUAACUGCCUGUUUGCCGUCAGGUCUUGAUAGGUGCCAUUUAUGCAGAGUUUGCUUGUAUUGCCUGACAGCAUUUGCAGUGAGUAGUUUGCCUUUGUACAGAAUAUGUCACAACUUCAACAGUGACAGUUCAGGGUUUUUUUCUUUGUUCAGCUGAUAAUGAGCGUAAAAAAAACACCAAAAUUAGGUUCACAUGUUUUGAUGAACAUAUAUUUUGGUUUCACAUAACAUAUAUUUUUUCAUAGGCUGUUUUCAUUAUAUGAUUGAAAGUAUUUUCCAGAACAAUUCUUUAUGCAGUCAUAUGCACUACUAACCAUUUAGUAACACAAAUAGUCAUCUUUCUCACUAAUGUUGUCUGUUGAUUUGAAAGUAUUUUUUUCUGCUUGUAGUGCAUCUGUUUGCAAAUUCUUAUUUUUCAAAGAAAUACAGGUAUGUUUUAUGUCAAAUGCUGCCUUAUAUAAUUAUUACUAACUUUUAUGGUUGAAGUGCCUAUUAUGUACAUUGUCUUUGGUUCAUUUACAACACGGCCUAGUAUCUUUGUACUACUAGCUUGCUUUUUUGUCCCUGACUUACAAUGUUGAUGGUCCUGUUCAUCAUUCUGUAUUAACUCACAAUGUUUAAUAAAUAUUUAAGUGAAAA